AUGCGGUUGCCCCCGAAGAUCAAGAUCCCAAGUUUUGAGAGGUACGAUGGGACCAAAGACCCACGUCAUCAUCUCCGCCAUUAUCAGAGCAAGAUGCUACAAUACUGGGAAUACGAAGAAUUCAUCAUUCAAACAAUCCAAGACAGUCUCAUGGGAUCAGCACUGGACUGGGUUAUGACUUUGAAGGCAGGAGACAUCCCCACUUCGACCGAUCUUUCUCAGAAGUUCCUCGACCAGUACAGAUUUUGUGUGGAGACACCCCCAACCCUCCUAGAGUUGAGCACCAUGGAGAUGAAGGAAAAUCAGGCUUUUGAAGCCUAUGCAUCAGAGUGGAGGGGGAAGGCAGCAAAGCACAUACCCCUAAUUAGUGAGAUCCAACAGGUUCAACUAUUCCAUUCCACGUUCAAAGGUGUAUACUACUCGCACCUACUAUCUCACGCUUCCUCAUUCUUUGAACUCAUUGAAGCCGGGAAGAAACUCGAUAUGGGCAUCAAAUUGGGGAGGAUCAAAGGACUCACCAAGAAGAAAGAAGAAGAAGCACUGAAGAAGCAUAAUGCUGGUGCCUCUAGAAGGACCAAAGAUACCACCGUUAGCGCUGUCAAUUCGGGACGUCAAUCCUCGCAACCAAUUUCAGUGGAUUACACCCCUACACCGCAGACUUAUCAGACAUAUGCACAUCCCGCGCAUUAUGUGCGGCCCUAUCAGUCGCAGCAGGCCUAUCCAUCGGCCCCACCAACUGUCAUUUAUCUGCCAUCUCCGCAACAGUAUGCUCCCUCUCAAGCACAGCAAAACAAAGCUCCGGCUUCGAGAUCUCCUCAGCCGGCUCAACGUGCUCCAGCUCUAAGAGUUCAACAAAGCAGUGUUGCUCAAUCGCGUCCACGCAAGCAGUACACCAAUCUUCCGGCUCCUCCAUCUCACAUAUUCCAACAACUCCUCGCAGGCAAUAAGAUUAAAACCAAGGCGCUUGGUCAUAGCUUUGAUCCUACGGAGAUGAUCGACGCGAGGCACAUUUCUUUCAAUGAGGUGAAACAGCCGAAUGUGCGCGUGAAUCCUCUCCCUGAUCAUGGAUCAGGCCCAGAACCUUCUAUCAACAUGAUCAGUAUAUGCAUUGUUGGAGAAGAGGAGGAGACACAGGAAUCCCCAGCUCCAUUCGUCAUUGAAUACGUUUCAGCAGAAGUGGCAGUGGCAUCCGCUCCCUUUAUCGUCGAGGUUCCGGCAAAGGAGCCCUAUCAAGACAGCCGAGUUCCCUGGACAAAUGGGGGUGAGGUUGCCAAUGCAUAA